AGAGAGAGAGAGAGAGAGAGAGAGAGAGAGAGAGAGAGAGGAGGGGGUUGAAAAUUCAAAGGCUGAUCCUGCUAGCUGCCAACUCAAAGUCUUCAGCUCGCACUCUUGAGUUCUCUGCAAGGCUGAAACUUCGCGUAGAUCCGGGAGAAGUGAUUCGAGAGUGGGCUCGAGAAGAGCGCGGACGCGCGAGUGGGACGGGUGGGGGUUGUCCGCAGAGCAUGGCAGUGCGGGGCGAGGCCGCCCAAGACCUAGCCAAGCCGGCCUUCGGAGGGGCGAGUCCCGCCCGGGUGGCCAGAGGGGACCACCGCCAUCGUGGCGAGUCCUCUCCAUCCCCUCGGGGCUCCGGUUGUUGUUGGAGAGCCCUGGCGCUGCAGCCGCUCCGGCGCUCGCCUCAACUCUCCUCGGCGCUGUGCGCGGGCUCCCUGUCGGUGCUGCUGGCGCUGCUGGUGAGGCUGGUCGGCGGGGAGGUCGGAGGCGAGCUGGAGUCGAGUCAGGAGGCGGCGGCCGAGGAGGAGGAGGAGGAAGGAGCCCGAGGGGGCGUCUUCCCGGGCCCUCGGGGAGGUGCUCCCGGGGGCGGCGCGCGGCUCAGCCCUUGGCUGCAGCCGGCCGCGCUGCUCUUCAGUCUCCUGUGCGCCUUCUUCUGGAUGGGCUUGUGCCUGCUGCGCGCCGGGGUGCGCCUGCCUCUGGCCGUCGCGCUGUUGGCCGCCUGCUGCACCGGGGAAGCGCUGGUGCAGCUCUCCUUGGGCGUGGGGGACGGUCGUCUGCUGUCGCUGCCCGCCGCGGGGGUCCUGCUCAGCUGCCUAGGUGGCGCGACAUGGCUGGUGCUGAGGCUGAGGCUGGGCGUCCUCAUGGUCGCCUGGACUAGCGUGCUCAGGACGGUGGCCCUGGUUUCUCUGGAGAGGUUCAAGGUCGCCUGGAGACCUUACCUGGCAUACUUGGCGGCCGUGCUUGGGCUGCUGCUGGCCAGGUACGCCGAGCAGAUACUGCCGCAGUGCUCCGGGCCGGCUCCGCCCAGGGAGCGGUUUGGGUCCCAGUUGAGCGCGAGGACCAAGGAAGAGAUUCCGGGGUGGAAGAGGAGGAGGCGGUCCAGCUCGGUGGUGGCCGGCGAGAUGUCCGGCUGCAGUGGCAAGUCUCACCGGAGGACCUCCCUGCCCUGCAUACCCAGGGAGCAGCUCAUGGGCCAUUCAGAAUGGGACCACAAGAGAGGGCCACGAGGAUCCCAGUCAGGAACCAGCAUCACCGUGGAUAUUGCCGUGAUGGGCGAGGCCCAUGGCCUCAUUACUGACCUGCUGGCCGACCCUUCUCUGCCCCCGAAUGUGUGUACGUCCUUGAGGGCUGUAAGCAACCUGCUCAGCACCCAGCUCACCUUCCAGGCCAUCCACAAACCCAGAGUGAACCCCACCGUGACCUUUAGUGAGAACUAUACCUGCUCGGACUCUGAGGAAGGCUUGGAGAAAGACAAGCAGACCAUUUCCAAGCGCCUGAGAAGAAGUUUGCCUCCAGGCUUACUGAGAAGAGUCUCGUCAACUUGGACAACUACCACCUCUGCCACAGGUCUGCCCACCUUAGAGCCUGCGCCAGUGCGGAGGGACCGCAGUGCCAGCAUAAAACCGCACGAAGCCCCUUCACCCAGUGCUGUCAAUCCUGACUCUUGGAAUGCCCCAGGGUUGAUGACUCUCACCAAAAGCAGAUCCUUCACUUCAUCCUAUGCUGUCUCUGCAGCUAACCAUGUAAAAGCUAAAAAGCAAAACAGGCCAGGUGGCCUUGCUAAAAUUUCACCCAUUCCCUCGCCCUCCUCCUCACCUCCGCAAGGAUCGCCUGCCAGCAGUCCUGUCAGCAACAAUGCUUCAGAACAGUUCCCAGAAUCCUCUGAAGUAACCAUCAAGCGAGGCCCUGGAUCUCACAGGGCCUUAACUUACACCCAAAGUGCCCCUGACCUGUCCCCUCAGAUCCCACCCCCAUCUGUCAUAUGUAGCAGCUGUGGCAGACCUUAUUCGCAAGGGAAUCCUGCUGAUGGACCCUCAGAGAGAAGUGGCCCAGGCAUGCUGAAAUCAAACAGAACAGAUGAUACUUCUCAAGUUACCUCCGAUUAUGAGACCAACAACAACAGUGACAGCAGUGACAUUCUACAGAAUGAAGAGGAAGCUGAGUGCCAGAGAGAGCCCCCGAGGAAAGCAUCGGCUUGUGGCACCUAUACUUCCCAGACCAUGAUCUUCCUGGACAAACCAAUUCUUGCUCCAGAACCCCUGGUCAUGGAUAACCUGGACUCAAUUAUGGAUCAGUUGAACACCUGGAAUUUUCCAAUUUUUGAUUUAGUGGAAAAUAUAGGAAGAAAAUGUGGCCGUAUUCUGAGCCAGGUAUCAUACAGACUGUUUGAAGACAUGGGGCUCUUUGAAGCCUUUAAGAUCCCAGUUAGGGAGUUUAUGAAUUACUUUCAUGCUUUGGAGAUCGGAUACAGGGACAUUCCUUAUCAUAACAGAAUCCAUGCCACCGAUGUUCUACACGCUGUGUGGUAUCUCACAACGCAGCCGAUUCCUGGCCUCCCAAGUGUGAUUGGUGAUCAUGGCUCAGCAAGCGACUCUGAUUCUGACAGUGGAUUUACACACGGACACAUGGGAUAUGUGUUUUCAAAAAUGUAUCACGUGCCAGAUGACAAAUACGGAUGCCUGUCUGGGAAUAUUCCAGCCCUAGAGUUGAUGGCUCUGUAUGUUGCUGCAGCCAUGCAUGACUACGAUCACCCAGGGAGGACAAAUGCUUUCCUUGUUGCUACUAGUGCCCCUCAGGCGGUGCUAUACAACGACCGGUCUGUUCUGGAGAACCAUCACGCAGCUGCAGCCUGGAAUCUCUUCAUGUCCCGGCCAGAGUAUAACUUUUUAGUUAACCUGGACCACGUGGAAUUCAAGCACUUCCGGUUCCUAGUCAUUGAAGCAAUUUUGGCUACUGACCUGAAGAAACACUUUGACUUUGUAACCAAAUUUAACGCCAAGGUGAACGAUGAUGUUGGGAUAGAUUGGACCAACGAAAACGACCGUCUCCUGGUGUGUCAAAUGUGUAUAAAGUUGGCUGACAUCAACGGGCCUGCUAAAUGCAAAGAACUCCACCUGCGGUGGACGGAGGGUAUCGCCAGUGAGUUUUAUGAGCAGGGCGAUGAAGAGGCCAGCCUUGGUUUGCCCAUAAGUCCCUUUAUGGACCGCUCUGCCCCGCAGCUGGCCAAUCUGCAGGAAUCCUUUAUCUCACACAUCGUGGGUCCUCUCUGCCACUCCUAUGACUCUGCGGGUCUCAUGCCAGGAAAAUGGGUAGAUGACAAUGAUGAUUCCGGAGACACUGAUGACCCGGAAGAAGAAGAGGAAGAGGCUGAAACACCACAUGAGGAAGAAGCCUGUGAAAGCAGUGAAGCUUCCAGAAAGAAAAGUUUCAAAAGAAGAAGAAUCUACUGCCAAAUAACUCAGCACCUUUUGCAGAACCACAUGAUGUGGAAGAAAGUGAUUGAAGAGGAGGAACGGUGUUUAUCAGGCCCAGAGAGCCAGUCCCUGGACCAGGUCCCUCUGCAGCACCCCUCAGAGCAGAUCCAGGCUAUCAAGGAGGAAGAGGAAGAGAAGGGGAAGCCAAGAGCGGAGGAGACCCUGGCUCCACAGCCAGACCUGUGACCAUGGGUAGAGAGAUCUGUGUUUGCAGACAGAAUGACUCGUCUCAGACGUUUUUCUAAGCCAGCACAACACUUAGACACAACACUGUAGAUUACCAGAAGAUUGGCAAAUGGCUAAAGUGUUUGGGGUAUUUCUUCACAUUUUGUGUGUUUAUUUUUGCAGUGAGGGACAGCGCUGAAGACUCUAGCUCAAAGAAGCUUUUUCACUUUGCGACACCAGCGUCUAAAGAUUGUUUUAUAAGAAAGAAAUUAUAUGUGUGUGUAUAAAUUCCCACAUAGGCUCAUGUAAGACUUGUAUUCACGCAUACACACAUGCACACUGAGAGCCAGGAUGCCUGACUCCAUAAGGUAGUAACAGUCAUAUUAAGAUAUAUAGAGGUCACUGUGACAUAGGAAAUCAUAAAGGGCGAGAACUCACGAGGAAAUGUGCACCUUAGAGAGGAAACAGGUGUAGGCUCCAGACUGGGCACCUUUUGUUCUCCCUGCUGAGGGGUGAACAUUUCAGAACGUGGUUGGAAUUCUAAUGCAUACUGCCAACUGUGUGUGUGUGUGUCUGUGUGUGUGUGUGUGUGUGUGUGUGUGAGAGAGAGAGAGAGAGAGAGAGAGAGAGAGAGAGAGAGAGAGAGAGAGAGAGAGAGAAGGGGUGGUCUUGUACAUCUGUGUGCAUGCAUUAAGGGAGGCGUUUAUGACUUUAGUUAUUCCUAGAAUAGCUGUAGCAGGUGAUGAAGUCCAUGUGAACACACAGAGAGAAAUCCUUUCUGCAGUGUCUUCGAAUGAAUGGCAGCCCCCCUUUUAGCUUCCUUAGCAGAGGGAGGGCUUAUCUGGGCCAAAUGAUUGGUACCACUGCUAUCUGCCACUUGGGGGCACUCUACCACCAGCCUCCCACUCAGAAGACUAAGGCUUUCUGGUCUACCCUAGCUUAAUGAAUGUAUAAGGGGCACAUGUCACUCAUCUAGGAUCAAUCAGCAUGGAAGGGGAUGGCGUUCUUUACUGGUAGAUACCCAAGAGGAGCUAGAGAGAGCUCUUCAUCAGGUAAGAGAUCUAACAGGGCACUGGGAAAGUCCUGGUAAAGUAUCUAUAACAAUGAUAACCUAUGUCUUCUCAAUUUGAUGCAAGAUAUGUUAUAAUAAAGAAGAAAGUCAACAAACACACUGUGGGUGCUGUGACAAAGGGAUGAAGGGAAACUGUCAACUUAGGGCUUGGAAGUUGGCCUGGGGAAAGCUGCCCCUUGGCAACUGUUGAAGGUUGUUUGCUCUGACUUCCCUAUUGUGGUCUUCCAUACACUAUGUGAAGGCAUAGCAUGAUUUUGCUGCCUGGUCCAUGGUCAUGCCCCUUUUUGAAAGGAAGAUGGGCGGGAGGUUUUCUUUGAGGAGAGACUAUUGGAAGCUAUUUGUGUUAUUUUGUUUGUUUUCUACACUUGUUUAUGCUGUGAGCCAAACCUCUAUUUAAAAAGUUGAUACUCACUUUCAAUAUUUUAUUGGAUAUUAUUACAUAUGUCAUGACUAGUUACCACGAUGUAAAUAUAAAGUUUUUUUUUUUGUUUGUUUGUUUCUGUAGAUAGAAAACUUUUUUUAAAGAAAAAAAAGGGGAAAGGGAAACAUUUUAUAGUUAUAUUUUAAUCACCGUUUUUAUACAUUGUAGCUUUCUCCAAGCACAGUAGCUGGGUGAUGGUUUAUUGUGGAGUUUGAGAGCCACCAACCAUCUGCCUACUCUAGUUUGAUUCAUGAUCUGAUACAGUUGAUUGCUGUUAAAUUAAGGCAUUGAAAAGAUAGCAUCUUUUGCUAACUCAAUUAAUUUGAAGUCUUUCCCUGUCUGAUGAAAGCCUUUCUUAAACAAAUUGUUAGUAUUUCUCCUAGACUCUGUUGCUUGUAGUUUUUGGUUCAGUGCUGUGUUCACAGAAUUCUAGUCAUAGCCUCGGAGACCUGUGCGUAGAUUUCGACCUUUUCACAUCCUUGAUUAUUUACAUUAAAAAUCCCCCUUUUCUCUCAUACAUGGAUUAUGUAUCCUAACCUUCAAAAGCAACAUUUUCUUGUAAUUCACAGCAUUUUUCCCUAAUAGCCAAAAAUGAAAUAAAAAAUAUUUCAGGGCAGAUUUUUUUCUUUUUUUAGUUCAGAGGACAAUGCAAAGAAGAUUGGAAGGAUUCAGAACUCACCCAAACAAUUAGAAUGUGUUUCUAUGUAUUUCUGAGUUAGUACCAGGACUUCAGCAUUUAGCAGAUCCUGAAUAAUUUUUCUUUUUUUAUUGUGGCCAUAUGUCUCUAUUUGUAAAUCUACUCUGAAGCAAGAAUCCUUCUUCAGUGAAGGCAAAUAAAUGUUACUCUUGCCCUGCAAUAAAAAUGAUAGACAAAGCACUUACAUUCAUAUACCCUUCACACAGUAGCUCAUCCACAUCUUCAGGUUACACGCGUCUGUAACAUAAGUAUGAGUAGUCAGUCAUACAAGCUAGGCAUGAAGUGAGGGGAUUGGCAUAUCCAUUGUGAGUGUUUCUAUUGGAAGCCUGAACAAAGCUGCAGAGUCUGAGUAGGAGUCAGGCUUGUUACAUCAUGAGCAUCUCAGCAAACUGCCUAGUUUUUCUUGUUUGAAAGUACACAAAGUAACAGGGUAACCCAGAGCAUUAGAAACUAUCUGUUCUAGAACUGUGCUCAUUCACCCAGGCAGACUGAUUUUUUUUUCCUCAGCAAACAAGUUGUUGUUCUUCUCAACCCAAAAGACAACAAACUGAAUGGAAGGGUGGAAACCCACUAAGUGUGUGACCUAAAGAGCCACCUAAUAAUUCUCAAAGUGUAUCAAAUGACAUCAAAAGUAUUUUCAAUGAAUGAUGUUGUCCACCUUCUUGGAGACAGCAAUAUUACUGUAUUCACCUCCAACUUCAGAGUUAACUUCCUGUGGUGCCAAUGUGUUUGGUGUGACUUACUACAGUUUUAUAUGAGCCUAUACAGGUGCCAUUCGAUAAACUCAGGUCUCCCAGUGGAGGGGUCUCUACCCACUUAGGGAAAAGAUAGUUUUAUAGAUAGCCAUAACAUGUCAAUGGUAGGAGAAAUUGGGAACCAGCUGCUCUCUGGGGAGUAAAAGCCUAAGUGUGUUCUGCAUGUUAUCCAUAGUAUUUUCAACAUAAUAAUUGAAUGUCUUUAUGGUGAUUGAAGCCAGCUGACCUUUUGAGUAGCAUUUCCUUAGUAGAAAGAACCCUUUUUCCUGUUUUACUUAACUGUAAGAAAAACUGUACUCAUUUAUGUAAGACCUGGUUUUGUUCUUUGUAGGACAUGCACUCAGUAGUCAGUAUAUUGUCAUUUCCUGGCAUUAAGAGAAUUGCUUCCUCUAUCAUUGAACCCUGUUCUGAUUGGGUUUUACUCCAGAACAAGCAUUACUUAUUGCAGUCCCAGUAAAGCUAAGGAGAAGGAAGCGAAUUGCCCUUCAGAUUGUUUGGUAGCUGUAGAUAUUUGCGAUUUCCCUGUGUCCUCUGGCCUUUCUUUCCCAGAGAUCUUUCUUGAAGGUAAAAGCUGUGCAAAAGGCAUGAGACUCAGGCCUACUCUGUUUGUUAAAUGAUGGAAAAGUAUAAAUUAUUUUCUAAGUAAUAAAAAUAUGAAAAUUAUCAUUGUAAAUAAAGUAUAAAGCUUGAAAUGACUUCUUUAUAAAAGUAGAGUGUUUGUGUGGUGAACAACUCCUGACCAAUGGGAAAAGAAGAAUCUGGAAUUUCUGUCUGUUCUGCUUUAGGACACACUCUUGGUGCUUCCAUGAAGCAGGCACCUCCAUUGAUCUCCCUUGGGGUCUUGGAAGCAUAAAGAGAGGCUUCAUAGCCUUCUCUCUAAUCCUGAAUCCCAUUGGAUGCCUCCCUUGAUUUUUGUGUCAUUAGCAACUAAACUGCCUUUGCAAUUGGCUGAAGGCUACUGCAACAGAGUUCUAUGAUCUUCCACAGACUAAAUCAAUACUCUACUCUUUAGAUGUGUUGUGGUGUGGGAGAGAGAAAAAAUUUGCAUAUUAAUAGUUCAGCCCCAGACAACUAAAUGACACAAUAACCAUGUGCUUUGAAACUGAAGUCAUUUUCUUGCAUUAUCUUGCCCCCUGAACAAUGAAAUAUUACAUGAUCCUUGUUCUAGGUCACUCAUUUCUACAUGAAUUUGUAAAGGGAAAUUAUGAAUUUUCUGAUAGCAACAUGUUUAAAAAUCUAUCCAAGCAUAUUCAAACUGAAGAUAGAUAAAAACAAUUCACCAUUUCAAGAAGAAGAGACUUCAGAAUUAAAUUCAUCUUAGCUGAAAUCCAUCAGUUUGGGGUCCUGGGUUUAUAUCAUGUUAAUUCAUCCUCCAGUAAAUGCCCCAGCGUUCAUUGAAAAUUAAAUUACAAGUGGAUUAAGUUAUUAGCCCUGACUAAACUAAACCAUACACUUCAGUCUAAUGGUUUAAAUUGUGCUUUUGGUGAGUAUUUUUAUGCCUCACACAGGGAACCAUAAUUAGAGAAUAAGAACAUACUAGUAUACAUUAUACAAGGUAGAUAUCAAUAAACUAUGUUGCUACCUUAUGCUUCACAUGGGUAAACUGUUGUUAUUUCCUAUAUUACUUAAUACGGCUUUUUGCCUUAUCUAGUAAUGGGCUUUAAGAUCAUCUAGUAAAUUAACACUACCAACUGAUUUGAUGUUGUGACUAAGAUAUUUGACCUUCUCUGUGUGGAUACUUUAAAUAUGUCUGCAGAUGCAAAAGUGUAGUUGGGGGACCUAAUCUGCUACUUCAAAGCACAAUGUUGAUCCCUGAGUUCUUAUCCUAGAAAAGACCAUGGGCACAUAGACGGUGUGCUUUUGUGCUGGGGCUGAAGGCUCUAAACUGAUCUCACAUUUCUUACCAUCAUGUGUUGGCAUCUUAGGUGUGUGCCUCCCCCUCAAAUUGGUGUGGAACACAGAGGGAAAAACACCCUUCUUCUACUAGAUAAGUGUUCACUGGGGCCAUGUUUAACCCAGACUCUUUGGUUUGCAUUAAGAAGUGGCUCUUUAAUCAUGAAAGCUACCAAGAAGUAAUGUUAAGUCUUGUGUGUUGUUACUGACAGAAGUGCUUCAAUUUGAUUUUAUUUCUUGAACCACCCACCAUUCUCUUGGAUUUUGGGGGGGUAGGAUUAAAAUUUACCUCAAAAAGUACUGCUUCCUGGUACCACAAUGCCCAUAGUUAGGCAGGAUUUAAUGUUUUCCUAGUGUUCUUGAGGGAAAAAUGAUUUAUAAGGGAAUCAGUAAGUGUACAUUUAAUAAAGUACAUUAAGAACUUAAGUGUCCCCCAUGGCAGCUCACACCAGUUCCAGGGGAUCUGACACCAUCUUCUGACCUCCUUGGACACUGCAUAUGUGUGGUACACAAACAUGUAUUCAGGCAAAACAUCCAUCUGCAUAAAAUAAAAUUGUACAAAAAAAUGCCAAAGAAUGUAAGUGCCCAAAUUGCAAUCUAAGUUCCUCUGAGUGACCCCAGUGCACAGGGAGAGAUUUAUCAUCCAGAGAUUUCUCACAAUACAUCCAAAGAUGAUACAUUGUCUAUAGCUCAGUUCCUCUGAGUUACCCUAAUCACAAGCAGGAGUUCUUCAGUUACUUAUCUUCAUACAUUUUAAGUGAUGCAUUGCCUACAGCUUAGCUCCUUUGAGCUACCCCAGUGCACAGGGUGAUAUCAACUAGUGGAUUAACAUCAGACAUUAAAAAAAAUGAUAUAUGAUCUAAUACCAUAGAUUUUAUUUUCUGAAUUCUAAUAGAGUUUAAAAACUCAAAUUCUUCCACACUAAGAAAAUGCAACAUUAUUAAUUUUGGCUUUCACAAAUAGAGGCUUGACCUUGGGUCAAGAUGAACACCCCACUGUGUUCAUCUGUCAUAACAAUAGGGUAAACUAUGAAAUUGCUAUAUAGAAAAGUAACAAAAAAAAACUGUGUAAAGCCUUGAUACUUUAAAUUUCCAAUUAUAUUGGACAUGGUUCUUUCAACUGAAAAAAACUAUUGCAGGAAAUUCUCAAUUCUUAUGAACAGAAAAACAAAACAACAACAAAGAAAAACAAAAGAAACUUUGGUUUAAAAAUGGAGUAUUUCUCACCAAUUUUCCUUCUGUGAGCCAAUAUUAUUAGUAAAGACAGUGUAAUCAGAAAUGGUCUUCUGCUGGAAGAGAGGGAAGGAAGUUUUUAAUGCCGGAGUCCAAAUCUCCCCAACUCCAUUUCCACAAUGACACCUGUGGUACAAAGAGAUAAAAGCAAAACUGAAGAUGACAUAAAACUGAUGCACACCUGUCCACCCUUCUCACAAGCCAGCUCAGUUGUUUGCUCUGGAGUGAAAUGACCUUGUAGGUCCAUGAUACUGCCUGGACUUAAUUUAACAUAAAAAGCAGCACUUCUCACAGAGGAAGGUGAAUCACUAGUGCUCUGAGCUGGUGCUGCUGAGAAGAAAUUUUCUAUGGUAAUUACAUUUCCUUUAUAUAGCAAAAUAUUCAGAUGCAAAUGUGAAAUCAAUAAUAACUGUUUUAAGUUGUCUUCUUUGUAUAUAACUUGUGGGUGAAUUGGGGUCUGGUCACUUCUCUUUCAAUAUUUUCAAUUGGUUAUUUUGCUAACUCAGAAAACCUCUAUUAUAUCAGACAUUUCAUUUUAAUUAUUUAUACAUAUACUCAGCUAUACUGUUAUUUCUAUUAAGAAAUAGUCCUAACAUAUCUAUAUAUUAUAUGUUAAAGGGGGGUUCAAAUGACUUUUAAUAUAUAUUCACCAAUCACUAAUUUUAAAACCUCUGUAAAAUAUUUGCAUGAAAUUUUUAGCAUACUAUAUUUGCUUGGUUUUUGCAUCUAUGAGUGUCAGUUGACUGCAUAUAUUCUCACAGUAGAAUGUAUACCCUAAUUUUUUUGUACCAGUAAGGCUGAUCUGUCAGCUGACAUGCACUGGAAAUAAAUAUGUCUGAAUCCACGCAUCCCUUGAACUCCUUCCUAGAGAUUUUUAUCAUGUUAACCACAAAAUGAAAAUUGGUGCUUUUACAUAUAUUGUGAGCUCUCAAUAUAAAAUGGGGGCGGGGAUAUUCUCUUUGUCAUUCUGUAAUGAUGUAAGGAACUUCAAUUUGACACCAUUGAGUUUGGUUUGGGUUGACAAGGUCAACUGGAUUUUUUUUUUGUCCUUGUAGAAAAUGCAUUCUGAUUCCUGUUUGAACAGUUGAUUUGAUCCAUUAUUGCUUCUUUGUGAAAAGAAAAAAAAAAGUGCACUGAGUGGUUCUCUAAAUAGAAGAUUCUAUAUAUUCAACGCUGUGUAAUAAUAUUUAUAACCCAGAAGGGUAUGGGGUAGAUAUAAUUUGGUGUUCCUAAAAUACCCAUUAUUUUCAAAUAACUAUCAACUGAAGUGAUCAUGAUAGAGGUGUCAUUUGUAAAUGACAGUUAUUAAUAAUGCUUUUCUUAACAUACUCAGCUCAAAUAUGUUCAUUAAUAAGUAUCUUUGCCAAAUUUACCCAUUUUUACAAACAUGAAAAUUUAGAUCUUAAAUGAUUAUUUUACAAUUUAAGACAAUUUGGUCUUGUCACUUGUAUCUUGCACUUGAUAUGUAUAGCAAUAUUUAGUAUUAUUCCAACACAAGUAUUUGUUAAGUGACAUAGUUAAUGGAUGAUAAAAGUUUUGUAAAAAUAGGAUUUGUAUAGAAAGAAAAUUAGAUAAGUUAUAUUUAUUUUUAUUGUUUUUUUUUUAGCUUAGAAAGUAUAUUGAUGCUCCAUUUUUUCCAGAAUUACUGGAAGUGCCUCUUGGUUUAUAUAUUUACAUAAAUAUUCAAAAUUACUAAAAUUGUGUCAUAGCUGAUCAAUAUGUAUGUUACAGUAUGAAGAUGAUAUGUAAUAUAAAAGUGAUUCUAUGGUAUCAUGCUUGCUAUAGUUAUUUGUACAUCCUGAGUUCUAUGGGCUCUUUAGUAAAAUAUCUACUAUAACUGUCUUAUAUGUUCCCAAGGUCCUGGGUGGGGUUGAAUUUCCAUGGCAAUGUUUCUAUCUCUGUUGAUAAUGAAUUCUUAGUCAUUGUCAUUCUCUAACCUUUAACCUCUAAGCUGUAUUCUUUGCUUAAUCAAAUAUCAUCAAACCAAAAUAUCCAACUUCAAGCAUUCAGAUUCAAAAAAAUCUGAAAUAGGGUAUUUCUGUUUAUACUAUAAAUAACCCCUUAGUGAUAUGGAGACUUUAGCUACACAGCUUGGAGUAUUAUAAUUAUUCAUAUGUGAAAUGUAGGGUUUUGCUCUGUUUUUGCAAGUAGAAUAGCUUGAAUUAGGCCAAACUUUGAGUAUUUCAUUUAGCUCAUAGAGACCUAAGAAGCAAGUCUAGCAUGCAGUUUUGGCCAGAUGAACUGACAUUUUAAUCCACAAGUAUUAAUUUUGCCAUUACUUGUGAAAUUCCACCCCAAUUCCCAAACUUGUUAUUUGUGAGGUUCUUUUUCUUCUCACCCCAAACUAAUCU